AUGAGUGUGGCAACACCAGCUGCCAGUCGCCUACUCUGCAGGUCGCUGGCAGCCAACUCGGCCAAGACCUCGAGCCGCGCACUCGCCGCUUCAAGAGCAGCAGCAGCACCAUCGUCACCUUCACCAUGCCACUACCACCACCAACAGCGGCACCAGCUCCAUACAACCACGCCGCUCGCCGGCCGCAGAAAGCGCUCGCCUUUUCGAAAUGUGAAGGCUGAGAAGAUGGGCCUGCUGGACCCGGAGCGGCCCGAGGUGAUGCAGAACUUCAAGAACAACAUCUCGGCCGACUACGACGACGCGGACCUCGAGGCGCUGCGCAAGCGGUACACCCCCGAGCAGCUCGAGGCGCUGCAGAUUGGCGAGCAUGCUGUGUCGGCCGAGGACCUCGUGGUCCAGGGCCGGCUGCGCAAUGACCCCUACCGCAUGAUGUACCACGACGACUUCGCGACGGUGCGGCCGCACGUGGACAAGCGAGUGCGGAGCGGCAAAGCCGUGGACACGUCGGCGCGCUUCAUGACGCCGGACGAGUUUGGGGAUGACUUUCUUGACAAGAUGCUGAGCAAGGGCGACGGCAAGCCGCCUACGAAGCGCGAGCUGAUCGAGUCCAUGGACCGGAUCAUUGGCGCCCCCGAGAUGCCGAACCUUGCUGAGCUUGUGAAGGGGAGGAAUGCGGGUGAGAAGGACCAGGUGGAAUUUGAAGAGGAGGGGACGGCUUCUGAGGACGGAGGGCUCAGCGAGGCGGACAUCAAGGCGGGCGCCAUGACGGAGCUGACGACGUACAAGUACCUGAUGGAGCGCAACUCGAUGACAGGUUUCGACGGCGGCAUCAACGACACGGCGCUCGCGCCUGAGCUGCCCGAGAAGAUCCCCGGCGUGGCUGGCCUGUACAAACAGCAGAUGGACGAGUCGGACGCGAUGCUUGACCCUGAGGGCAAGUAUCAGGAGCUCAAGAGGCAGACGGGCAUGAGCACCAAGGAGAUCAUCAACAUCUUCAACAGGCACUGCAAGAUCCUCGUCCGGCGGUACGUCUCCAACCAGACGCGUCUGGGCAAGAUCCGCAGCUCCUACGUGCUCGCCAUCGCGGGCAACGAGAACGGCCGGCUGGGUAUGGGCGAGGCCAAGUCGGUCGAGACCGAGACGGCGACGCAAAAGGCCAAGUUGCUGGCCAUCCGGAACAUGCAGCCUAUCCGGAGAUAUGAGGACAGGACCAUCUAUGGCAAUGUCGCAGGCAAAGUCGGUGCCACUGUUGUCAACCUCUAUGCGCGGCCACCUGGAUUCGGUCUUCGCGUUUCCCACCGGUUCUUCGAAAUGGCUCGAGCUGCAGGCAUUUCGGAUCUGGCAGCAAAGAUGCCCCGGUCCCGCAACCCCAUGAACUCUGUCAAGGCCUGUUUCCAGGCCCUGACCAACCAGCCAGAUCCCGAGCAGAUUGCCCGCGGCAGAGGCAGAAAGCUCGUCGAUGCGAGAAAGGUGUACUAUGGUGGUGCCGUACAUUAA